AUGGGGAAAGCAGAGGCAGGAUCGCUCAAAGCGAUCUCCAAUGCUGCCAAGGCAAAAGGACUAACCAAGCUAAGGUUCUACUGCCAGCUUUGCCAGAAAGCCUGUCGAGACGAAAAUGGCUACCGCAGCCAUCUCGAAUCCGAAGCGCACUACCGCCAGAUGGAUGCUCUUGCUUCCUCGGGCGGGGCUCAGAAGGUCAUCGACGAUUUCAGUGCCACAUUUCAGCAAGAGUUCGUUCAGCUCCUCAGCCGCCGAUUUGGCACUCGACGCGUCCGAGCCAAUCAAGUCUACCAGGAGCACAUCGCAGAUCGACAUCAUACGCACAUGAACGCGACGCAAUGGACCAGCCUUUCCGACUUUGUCAAGUAUCUCGGGAGAGAGGGCAUCGUACAAGCUGAGGAUACCGAUCAAGGCUGGUUCAUUACUUGGAUCGACAAUUCUCCCGCAGCUCUUGCGCGGCAGGAUGCGCUGCAGAAGAUGGAGCGGGCCAAGAUGGACGAUGAGCAACGUCAGCGCCGGCUUCUUCAGGAACAGAUCGAGAGAGCAUCCAAAGCAACGCCCUCCUCGGGCGCGACCCAAUCUCAAACAGAUCAAGAUGCACAGUCGCAGAACAAGGCCUUGGAAGGCCUGCAGAGGAACGGUGCCGGUCCGAUACGCAUUGGCUUGUCCUUGGGGUCGGCAGCGCAGAGCGCCGAUGGUACAAAAGCUUCGUCUGAAGCGAGACAGUCCCUUCCGCCUCCUGUAGAUGCAUCAAAGACGACAGCAGCAUCAGGAUCUGCUGCGCCUGCACCGUUCAAGAUGGGGUUCAACGUGCUCAAGUCUACUUCCAGAUCUUUGAAUCCACUCAAGCAGGCGGAUCAAUCAAGGCGUGACUCGGGCUCAAGCAGUGCUGCAUCGACCAGCAACUCUACGGCUAGAGCGAAACCUCCGAGCAGCAUGUCCAUGGCGGAAAAGAUCAUGCACGAGGAGAUGGAGCGCAAGAAGAGGAAGGCAGAGCCCGCUUUUGGACGCUCGGCUGGUCCGCAGAUGCAGCAAGGCAUCAAACGCAGUCGAUUCUGA